AAAGACAGUCUCCGCCCCACAAUGCACCGCGGCGGGCAGCCUUUGAAAAAGCGGCGCGGCUCGUUCAAGAUGGCGGAGCUCGACCAGUUGCCUGAUGAGAGCUCUUCAGCAAAAGCACUUGUCAGUUUAAAAGAGGGAAGCUUAUCUAACACAUGGAAUGAAAAGUACAGUUCUUUACAAAAAACACCUGUUUGGAAAGGCAGGAAUACAGGCUCUGCUGUGGAAAUGCCUUUCAGAAAUUCAAAACGAAGUCGGCUCUUUUCUGAUGAAGAUGACAGACAAAUAAAUACAAGGUCACCUAAAAGAAACCAGAGGGUAGCAAUGGUUCCACAGAAAUUUACAGCAACAAUGUCAACACCAGAUAAGAAGGCCUCACAGAAGAUUGGUUUUCGAUUACGUAAUUUACUGAAGCUUCCCAAAGCACAUAAAUGGUGCAUAUAUGAGUGGUUCUACUCAAAUAUAGAUAAACCGCUUUUUGAAGGUGACAAUGACUUCUGUGUGUGUCUAAAGGAAUCUUUUCCUAAUUUGAAAACAAGAAAAUUAACAAGAGUGGAAUGGGGGAAAAUCAGGAGGCUUAUGGGGAAACCACGGAGAUGUUCUUCUGCAUUUUUUGAGGAAGAAAGAUCAGCAUUAAAACAGAAACGGCAGAAAAUAAGGCUCUUACAACAAAGGAAAGUUGCAGAUGUUUCACAAUUCAAAGAUCUCCCAGAUGAGAUUCCUUUGCCCUUGGUUAUUGGAACCAAAGUUACUGCACGAUUACGUGGUGUUCAUGAUGGUCUCUUCACUGGACAAAUAGAUGCUGUGGAUACUCUUAACGCUACUUAUAGAGUAACAUUUGAUAGGGCAGGGCUUGGAACUCAUACUAUCCCUGACUAUGAAGUUCUUAGUAAUGAGCCUCAUGAGACGAUGCCAAUUGCUGCCUUUGGACAAAAACAGCGGCCUUCUCGAUUUUUUAUGACUCCACCACGGUUACAUUAUACUCCUCCUCUCCAGUCACCGAUUACAGAUAAUGAUCCCUUAUUAGGACAGUCACCUUGGAGAAGUAAAAUUUCUGGCUCUGACACUGAAACGUUAGGUGGUUUUCCAGUAGAAUUCCUUAUCCAAGUGAAUCUCACAGAUUUCCAUAAAACCCAACAACUCAAGACAGGAGACCAGUCCAGAGCUCUGGACCUACUAAUAAGGACCAGACUAUCAAAAAUUCUCAUGAUUAAAAAGGAACAUAUCAAGAAAUUAAGGGAAAUGAACACAGAAGCAGAAAAACUGAAAUCAUAUUCCAUGCCCAUUGGCAUUGAAUUUCAACGGAGAUAUGCAACGAUUGUUUUAGAGCUUGAACAACUGAACAAGGACCUAAACAAAGUUUUGCAUAAAGUUCAACAGUACUGCUAUGAGCUUGCUCCAGACCAAGGGCUCCAGCCUGCAGAUCAGCCGACAGACAUGAGACGAAGGUGUGAGGAAGAAGCACAGGAAAUAGUUCGGCAUGCAAAUUCCUCAACAGGACAGCCCUGUGUUGAAAAUGAAAAUCUGACAGACUUAAUCUCCAGGCUUACAGCUAUUUUAUUACAAAUUAAGUGUCUAGCAGAAGGAGGAGACCUGAAUUCCUUUGAAUUUAAAUCACUUACAGAUUCACUAAAUGAUAUCAAGAGUACAAUAGACGCUUCUAAUAUCAGUUGCUUUCAGAAUAAUGUAGAAAUUCAUGUUGCACAUAUUCAAAGCGGCCUGAGCCAGAUGGGAAACUUACAUGCCUUUGCAGCAAAUAACACCAACAGAGACUGAAUAGAAGAUUUAAUUAUCCCAACUGCAUAGGACAUUGUUUUUGUGAAGUUCUCUUCCUUUAUAUAGGCUUCCAACACCAAAUAACCUAUCUGCUGGAAAACAAGGAAAAUUUAAAUCUCCAAAUAAGGCAUUUUAAUAUACUUUACUGCUUCUUAAACCAGCAUUGCUGACCAGCGUUAUAUUUAUUUUUCUUUUAUUACUCAGCUGCAGUAGCACUGCUUAUAUUAUAUAUGUUUAUUAGCAAGUAUUUUUAAACUGAAAAUGUCUGAACAUAAUAUAAUUUCAUGGAAGAAUAUGUUGACCAUUUUUUUAAUGUGCAUGAAUUCAGCUCAACCCAGGCAGACAACUACUGCAGUGGAGAACAUGAAGAAACAUGGUCUUUUGUGCAUUAUGCAUGGCAAUGUGGAAAUUCUAUCUAGAAAAUUACAACUCCAGUUCAUUUAGUUGAUCACCACUUCAGUCUUCAAAAGAUAACAUCAUGAGAUAUGGGAAGUCCUCAUUUUUAGGAAGCCACUGGAAUAUAGGUGGGAAAUACGGACUUUACAAGUAUAUAUGAUAUAUACUUGCAAUGUGACAUGGUUCUAUAGAUCAUUUUAUAAUAAUAAAUAUUUUAAUUUAUCAUAAUUUAUAAAAGAAACCUUUGUUGUUUGUCUGUUGAAAGAAAAUGAAGGAGCAGGAAAGAAACAUUACUGCAAGAUGCUAAAUUUCAGCAAAUGGAUUUGGCAUGUCUUUUCCCAUCAAUUCAGGGCAAAAAGUGCUAUUGUUAUGGGAUUUAUUUUCAAAAGACUGAAAACACACUAUUUUCAUAUUUUUUUGUUUAUUUGCACAAUUUGUGAACCAGAUUACUGGUUAAAAUCCAACAGUUACACAAUUUUUAAAGCAAAAAAGUUUUAUAAGGAAAACAAAUAUAAUAUCCAGUGCUAGAAAAUGGAGAAAAAAGGUUUGUAUUUGGUUGUGGGCUUUUUUGGUUUUCGGUUUUUUAAGGAAAACCCUGCCUAAGAUGUUAAUCUUGUAAAAAGUGUGUAUUUGGAAUUUUCUCUGUUUUAAUAUAGAAUAUUAUAAAGUCAAAAUAUAAUAAAUUGUUUUCAGAUUUGGAGUUUAAGAUAUAGCUGUAGAAGUGGCUUUGAUUCUUUUAGAUGUCUCAUAAAAUGAGACUUUUUAUAUGUUAAUGUAUAAUAAAACUGAAACAAGAUUAUUUUCCAUUUGAAAUUUUUGUAUAGUUUAAAAAUGCUUCCAUAUUCUUUGUUGGUAUUGUGCCACUGCAGAACUUUAGUGCAGAGUUUAUAUUUAGCUAAACUGUUACGUUUAAUUAAGAAAAGCAUAAAUCUUUUAUUCUUAAUAUUUGUAAUUCUAAAUAAAU